UGGGGGCAGCGUGGAGGCAGCAGGGAGGCCGCGCCGCAGCCUGCGCUCUGCCCGCCCCGCUCGCGGCCGGAACGCGCGCCGGCAACCAGGAAGCGCCAGGACGGGGACGGGGCGGCCGGGAUGGCGGGGCUGGGUUGGGGUCCCCCGCGCCUGGACGGCUUCAUCCUCACCGAGCGCCUGGGCAGCGGCACGUACGCCACGGUGUACAAGGCCUACGCCAAGAAGGACACUCGCGAGGUGGUAGCCAUCAAGUGUGUGGCCAAGAAAAGUCUGAACAAGGCAUCAGUGGAAAACCUCCUGACCGAGAUUGAGAUCCUGAAGGGCAUUCGACACCCCCACAUCGUGCAGCUGAAAGACUUCCAGUGGGACAGUGACAACAUCUACCUCAUCAUGGAGUUCUGCGCAGGGGGUGACUUGUCACGCUUCAUCCACACCCGCAGGAUUCUGCCUGAGAAGGUGGCUCGUGUCUUCAUGCAACAAUUGGCUAGUGCCCUGAAGUUUCUGCAUGAACGGAAUAUCUCUCACCUGGAUCUAAAGCCACAGAACAUUCUGCUGAGCUCCUUGGAGAAGCCCCACCUGAAAUUGGCAGACUUUGGCUUUGCGCAGCACAUGUCGCCCUGGGAUGAAAAGCACGUGCUCCGUGGCUCCCCCCUCUACAUGGCCCCAGAGAUGGUGUGUCAGGGACAGUACGACGCCCGUGUGGACCUCUGGUCUGUGGGGGUCAUCCUUUAUGAGGCCCUCUUCGGGCAGCCCCCCUUUGCCUCCAGGUCAUUCUCAGAGCUGGAAGAGAAGAUCCGCAGCAACCGGGUUAUAGAGCUCCCCCUGAGGCCUUUGCUCUCCCGAGACUGCCGGGACCUGCUACAGCGGCUCCUGGAGCGGGACCCCAGCCAUCGCAUCUCCUUCCAAGACUUCUUUGUCCACCCCUGGGUAGACCUAGAACACAUGCCCAGUGGGGAGAGCCUGGCAAAAGCAACUGCGCUGGUGGUGCAGGCUGUGAAGAAGGACCAAGAGGGGGAUGCAGCGACCGCCUUAUCUCUCUACUGCAAGGCUCUGGACUUCUUCGUGCCUGCCCUGCACUAUGAAGUGGAUGCCCAGCGGAAGGAGGCGAUUAAGGCAAAGGUGGGGCAGUACGUGUCCCGGGCUGAGGAGCUCAAGACCAUCGUUUCCUCCUCUAAUCAGGCCCUGCUUAGGCAGGGGACAUCUGCCAGAGAGCUGCUUAAAGAGAUGGCCCAGGACAAGCCACGCCUCCUAGCUGCCCUGGAAGUGGCUUCGGCUGCCAUGGCCAAGGAAGAGGAAGCUGGCCGGGAGCAGGAUGCCCUGGACCUGUACCAGCAUAGCCUAGGGGAGCUACUGCUGCUGCUGGCAGCGGAGCCCUCAGGUCGGAGGCGGGAGCUGCUUCAUACUGAGGUUCAGAACCUCAUGGCUCGAGCUGAAUACCUGAAGGAGCAGAUCAAGAUGAAGGAGUCUCGCUGGGAAGCAGAGACCCUGGAUAAAGAGGGGCUGCUGGAGUCUGUUCGUAGUUCGUGUACCCUGCAGUGACUCCAGAGGAUGAGUGGACAGACACGAGCUGCCUGGAGUGGAGGGGUGCACUAACUCAAGCUAAUGUCCCAAAUUAAGUGGUCCUCUGCAACCCUGGGGAACAGGCUUCUUUAAUGGGCAGCUAUGAGACCCUCAUAUCCCAGGUCCCCAGAGGGGCUGACAGCCCAGUUGUAUGCUAGGAACCCUGGCCCCAGGGGAAGGGGCAGGAUUCGGGGAGAACAGUAUUUCCUUCAUGAGAUCUUUAUUAUUUGAGGGUUGCAGAGCAUGAAAUCUUCUAUCAUUUUUUUGCUCAAGAAGAGGAUAAGCAGCACCCUGCAGGGCACUUCUGCUCCUGCCUUUUCCCUGCUAGCCAGCAACCAUGCCCUGGGCCCACUGUUCUGAGAUCCCUUAUUCCAGCUUACCUCCAUCCUUGCACUGAAGUGGAUACUCCAAGACCCCCCCCAAGGGGCCACCCAGCCCACAGUAUGCACUCAGCCCCAUAGAACUCACAACCCCUGAUCAUUGUGAGUGGAAUAUAAGUAUACUGAAUAUAUAGCAGGAAAUUAACUUUGUAAGAACUAAGAAAACAAAUUAUUAAGGAAUGCCGUAUAAAAGUUUUUGGAUUAGAAAAAAAAAGAACUCGCCACCCUUCCUGGAAGCUCACGUUUGUCCACCAGUCUCAGUACUUUAAGUUAAUCCUUCAAGCAUGACAAAUAAUAUCCUUUAUAGGAGUGGGGCAAAUUUGAGAAGCCCAUGCCUUGUUCCAUGGCCUGGGGAGCAUAGGGGAAGGGUCCUCAAUCCUCUUCCCUCCCACCUUCAUUCCUCUGUGGGAACACACCACAAUAGUGCAGAGUGAGCUUUGCACUGGAAUUUGGGCCUGGAUGGGGGACACCUGGGGACUGCCUCAUUCAUCAGGCUACAGGUGACCCAGUCCAUGAUGCCCAGUUCUGGGCCUGGAUCUCCCCCUUCUCCAGUAGGAAUGCUGUACCUCAGCAACAUGAGUGCUUCUGAGGACAAAGUGAAUUAAACCUGUACAUACCUAGAGUGUACAUACCUACAGUUAUUUAGGGGUAUCUUUUAAAUGGUCAGAGAGGUGUUGAUAACUUUUAACCCUUCUAUCCUUAAAUGCCUCCUUGGGGCAAGAGUUUAUCCUCCCUAAAGGAGGCUAGGUGUAAAAAC